CCGCUCAGCGACAUUUUGAAGGCAUAAACACCAUCAGCAAAUCCCAAUGGCGCGCAUGAACCACAGUGACGAACUCUGACGUGUUGGUUCGACAUGAUACAAGCUGGGAACCCCAGUUUUAUCCACCGGUUUCAGGUUCGUGGAGUUCUGCCGCGGAUUGCCGGAUAGGUACAUCGAUCGGUCUCUACUGCGGGGAGCUGCAGCGGGAAUAAUGCACCGUGGUGAACUUCGUUGGGCUCGUAUAUAUUGGCAGAAGCGCGCAUUCCAAGAUGGAGCUGGAAAAACAACUCGUGGUGCCAUCUGAGAAGAAGUGAAGGAGACUGAGAAUUGCACAUACCGCACCCGCCAACUCACCACAACGCCGUUAAAGCCAUCCUCAGCAUCACAACAAUGCCCACCUACUUCCUCACAGGCGCCAACCGCGGCAUCGGCCUCGAGUUCGUCCGCCAGCUCUCCUCCAACCCCGCCAACGUCAUCAUCGCCGCCGUCCGCUCCCUCUCGCAAGAUCACUCCGACCUGUCCUCCCUCUCCGAUUCGGCCAAAAACGUCCACAUCAUCGAAUGCGAGGUUUCGUCCCAGGACUCCCUUUCCGCCCUACCCUUCCGCAUCGCUGAGAUCCUGUCCAAGACCGGCUCAAAUCUCGACUACCUCUUCAAUGUCGCAGGGAUAAACGCCACUUCGUCCGACACCUCACUGAGCAUAUCCCCCGAGUCCCUGCACCACCACAUGGACGUCAACGUGCUGGGACCUGCCAAAAUCGUCGAGUCACUUGCGCAAUAUCUAGCCCCCGGAGCCGUUGUCAUGAACAUGUCCAGCGGUCUGGGAAGCAUGACGGUUGCGCUGUCAACGCCGAAGUGCUGUACCUAUUCCAUCAGCAAAGCAGCGCUGAACAUGUUGACGCUGCACCAGGCGCGGGAUCUGAAGAGGCAACAUGUCAUUGUGAUUUGCAUGGACCCAGGAUGGGUGAAGACGCGCAUGGGCGGGAAGGGCGCAAUGGUGGAGCCUGAGGUGAGCAUUUCGGGCAUGUUGGAGGUGAUUGGUGGGUUGAAGCAAGAGGACAGUGGGAAGUAUUAUAGAUUUGACGGCGCGAUUGUACCGUGGUAGAGAUCAGAAAAUCGACGUAAUAUGAGGUUGGAAGACGUCGCCGCAAGGCCGCUCCAUUCCCGUCCCAACGUAUACUCUGGGAAGUC